AUGGAGUUAGCCGGCGAUAAUAACGGCGUUAAUAUGAACAUUCCGGAGAUCAACUUUGACGGCGGAGAAGAUGGUUAUUUCCCUAUUACGGGUCCUGUUACUGUUCCACUAACCAUCAAUCAGUCACAAGUAUUAUUCGGCGGUGGAGAUGUUGGAGAUUGUGUUUCUCCAGUGAGAUUGAUAGUGUUUAUCAACGACAUGCCUUUCGAAGUGACGGCUGGAUUAUUCAAUGUCAAAGAGUCUUUUGGAAACAACGCUAUCUUGAUAAAUUCAUUUGGACAACCUAUUCUCACCGACGAAUUUGGAGUUACUUUGCAACCACUCCAAAAUGGUGCUGUUUAUUAUCUUGUGAGUAUAUUACGAUAA